UCUCCCUACAGUAUAUAACAUGAAACAUUGGUUCGUCAUGAGUUCGCUUCAGCUAUGUAAAAUGAAUCCAUAUAUGUAAACUUUAGUACUGUAAAAAGUGUAAAAAUAUAUUAAUUUCCAAUAAAAAUAAAUAUCAUUUUAUUAAUGUUAAAAAAUUACUAAGAUGUAAUUGAAAAAGUUGUACCAUUCUUUCAUUUUCACCGUUUAAAGUUUAAGAAAACGUUAUUUAUUAUCAGAAAUUUUUUAUUUAAUUCAUAUUUCUUAUUUUAAUUAUUUACUUGUGAAUUCUUAUUCAUUUUCUAUUCAUUAUGAUUUUGUGAAUAUUCACUUUACGUUUGGAAUCAAAUCCUGUAAUUUUGUGUAAAGUAUUUGUAAAAUUUAUGAAUAAAUAAACUUAUUUCAUGUAGAAGUUGAAUGAAGAAAUAAAAAGGAAAAUAUAUUAAAACGGGAAGAGCAUUAAAAAAUCAAUGAGAUCGAUAAAGAAUAAACGAAAAAGUGUUAUCGAUAGAACUGACGUGUAUGUACACAUUCUCUCCUUUAUCUUUAUUUUGUGUAAAUGUUAACAAAGUAGUUAAUUCUUGUCAGCAACUUCCACGUCUUCGGAUUCAAAUAUUUUCAUAAUGGAACUUAAAUGUAAAAUACAAACUUAUGAUUGGGGAAGGUAUGGGAUCGAUAGCACUGUCGCAACAUUAGUAAAAUCUGCUAAUUCUGACUUCACAUUAGAUGAAAAAAAACCAUAUGCUGAGCUAUGGAUGGGUAUACAUCCUAAUGGUCCUUCAUAUGUGAAGGAAUUAGAUAUGUCUUUGGAAAAGUACAUUAAAAAAAAUAAUAAUGUGUUAGGUACUGAUGUUCAAAAAAUAUUUGGGGAGCAUUUACCAUUUCUUUUUAAGGUUUUAUCUGUAAACAAAGCGUUAUCAAUUCAAGCGCAUCCAAAUAAGGAAAAGGCAAAAGAAUUACAUCAGCAAUAUCCUACUAUUUACAAAGAUGCAAAUCAUAAACCUGAGCUUGCAAUAGCUUUAACACCAUUUGAAGCUCUCUGUGGUUUCCGUCCAAUUAGUGAGAUAAAAGAAUUUUUAAAAGUUCUUCCAGAGUUACGUACUGUAAUAGGAGAAGAUAAAGUAUAUAAAUUUAUGGCUACAGACGAAGCAAGUGUUAGCAGAGCUUUGAAAACAUGUUUCCACAGUCUUAUGACCUGCGAUUCUGGUUUAGUAGCAUUGCAACUUAGAAAGUUACUUGAUAGAUUAUCUAAUUUAGACGAGUCUUUAAGACAAUUUUUACUUGCUAGCUCGCUAGAAAGACUAUAUUCAAAUUAUCCAGGAGAUGUUGGAUGUUUUGGAAUUUAUAUUUUUAAUUUUAUAACAAUGCAACCUGGAGAGGCUAUUUAUAUUGGACCAAAUGAACCUCAUGCAUAUCUUUCUGGGGAUUGUGUAGAAUGUAUGGCAUGUUCCGACAAUGUAGUACGCGCGGGAUUGACUCCUAAAUUGAAAGAUGUACCAACAUUAAUUGAAAUGUUAACAUAUAAUUGUGAACCCGUUUCGGCAAAAAAAUUUCAACCUUCACGCGAGGAUGAAUGUACAGAAGUAUUUCGUCCUCCUGUGUUAGACUUCGCUGUUGCUAAAAUUACAAUACCUCCAGGAAGAUCCUAUUACGAUAUCAUUCCUAGAAGUACAGCUAGUAUUCUAAUUAUUAUAAAUGGAAAGGGUGAGAUUUCAUCGUCGAAAAUUUUGUACCGAGGAUCUGUUAUAUUUAUUCCGGCUAAUGAGAAAAUUGGGAUUAAAGUUUUAUGCGGAUGCCAUCCGAUGUUAAUGUUCCAAGCUUUCGUGAACAUUUAAAAAGUUUAGAAAAAGUACUGGGUCAUGUUAAAAAUUUGACUAAUGGUAAUAGCAAGAUUGCACGUCCGAUGAUUGCACUUUUAAAUGCUUUUAAAUUCUUUAUUUUCUAAAACAAAUACUUAUUUAUAAGCAUUAUGUAGCAAUAAAUUGAGGAGUGCGCGUAGUUGGUCGAACGAUCUUCACUCGACCGCCUACGUUGACACUUCAGCGUAGUAUAGGGCAGGCUAUGAAUUAGGGCCUGCAUAGAGUGUAAAGCCGUUGGAGGCUCUAAUGAAAAUCUUGGAAGAAGAAGCCUUUGUUUAGUUAGCUCACGUUGAUUCUCCUUGACUCCUACGAUACUCUAUUUAAAUAGAAUCUUAUAUUUCUACUGAUAGACUGCAAACAUUUCCAUAGUAAAGCAUUCCACGAUUCAUAUCAUAGAUACUAGAAAAUGAAGUUGAUCUACGUGUAUAAUGUUUCGAAUAUAUACUGCAUGAAUUAAUGCAAAUAGCUAAAAGUAUUCCUAGAUCUACAAUUGAAAGCAUUUAUCAUUUGCAAUUCCUGCCAUGAUAAACAUACAUAGACUUAAGAUACGUAAUAUGUAUUACAGAGAAUCUUUUGACUCCAAUUAUUAAAAAGUAUUUUUGUAUGUUAAGAAAGUUAAUAGUUUCUAUUUUGGUUCAUUUUGAAUUUUAAAAAAGUAUGUAAAAAUAAAAUUAUGUUAAAUAUUAUUUUCUUAUCUUGUAUAUUAUAUUACGUAAAAGUUCCUUGUUUUAUUAUAUAAUGUGUAACCAUCUUAGCAAAUCAAGUGCUAUAGCAUUAAAUGCAUAAGGUUAAACAAUUUCACCUUAUGAAAGUAACAUUUACAGAUGAUCAUUCUAUAAUGACUUGUUUAUGAGAAAAACUAUGUUAAUUUAUUUUUUAAAAUAAAUAGAACUUUUGUGUAUAAAAUAUUUUAAUGGAUUUGUUAUUUUUUUAUGUACAAUCUAGGCAAUACUUAAGGUUUUGUAACAAUAAUGUAUUUGAAAUUAUACACUGCAUUUUCUUAUGAAGUAUAAAUAUACACUUUAUAAAUUUACAAUUUUCUUUUAUAUAACAAUAAAAGGAUUUUUCUGUUAAUAUGAUACAGUAAAUUAUUUCAACUAUAAAUCGUAUGUGUCUAAAAGAAUAAAGGAGUAAUUUACUUGUUACAGUUAUCAUUUCUAUUACUUAUUAAAACAACACAAUAAAAUAAUUGAUUGUAUAAAAUUCCAAAAAUUGUCAGAAUUGUAUAUGUUCUGCACAGCCUUGAUUUUAAGAUUGUAUAAAAUAUUGUUUUAUUUUUACCUAUACUUCAACUAAUUAAAUAUAUGAGAGAUAAAUAUAUACACAA